AUGUUUGAACAAUUGAAUGUUUUAGAAUCUGUUCAUAUCAUUUAUUGUCCUUCUUUAAAUACUAGUAUUAUUCAACAAAUUAUUAAUUUAACUAAACCAUUUAAAUUAAAAUCCUUAUUCAUGGAUGAGCGUUCAAAAAUUGAUGAAUCAUUAUCACUAUUAUUGCAAAAAUCUGGUGAUUAUUUAGAGAAUCUCAGUGUCGAUCGUUUAGGGCAACAAAUAUUUGAAUCAGUUAUAAAGUAUUGUAAAAAUAUCAAAUUUUUUAAAAUUUAUGGAAUUAAAGAUGUUUAUCCUGUACUCAAUUUAAUUGAAAAUAUAAAACAAAAUCUUAAUUGUCUUAUUAUCAGCCUUGAAUGUUUAAAUGGUAGUUCAAUAAUCUUGCAAAAUUUAGGACAAAUCCUUCCUUCUAAAUUAGAAUAUUUAGAUUUGACUCUCUUCAUUAAAGCAAGUGACUUUGAAGUAUUCCUAAAAGAUUCCAAGGGUACUUUUAUUAAGAAAUUGUUAAUUAGAGAUCUUAUGCGAGAAGAUAAGGAUAAUAUUUUAACUUAUAUAAAGGAAUAUAUUAUGAAGGAGAAAAGAGUCAGGUAUUUAAGUUUUAGUAUUUACUACAAUUAUGAAGAAUUGUUUCAUUUUAGUAAAGAAGUGAAAGAAUUUAAGUUACAUAAUAUCGAAGUUCAAAGUUAUAGUGAUUUGUAUAUAGACAUUUAUCGAUUUGCACAGAAACUUGAUUAA